AUAAGGAGAGCCCAGUACAAUCUCUAUUAUCUACCCUCAUAGCCCAUGAGGCACUGCGCCUAAACGUUUUCCCUUGUGUAUAGCGGUGUAUAAAUACACAAGUCUCUCUCUGUCAGAGCCGAGGACGGUCUAAAAGACCGUGGCGUCUUUACUUGUCAACAUGCUCAUUCUCAACGAUCACCGUUUCAUUGACAUGAUCGUGACAUCAAAGCACGGAGGCUCAGAAACACUGGCAUAGCUAUGUAUCAACUUGCCAAAGACGGUGCCAACUAAUGGUCCGGUGCCAGGCGGGCCAGUUGUAUUAAGUCUUUGUGCGGCUCGUGCCACGAUGUUGUAUGUGCGCCACAUUCAAGUUUUUGAACAGGUUUUAGGAAAGUUUCCCAUAAGACCUAUGUACUACUAUGCUAAAAAUAUGAUGCUCCAAUAUCCACGCGGUCAAACAUCCACUCAUACCGCUUUCAAAGAAAUCCACACCUCAAAUCCGUUAUUGAACACGAGCAUGCACUUGCAUAAGUCCAGAUGGAUGCCAACAUCACACCCAUCAACGUUCUCGUGGCUUGACGAUGUUGAGCAACUCGGAAGCACAAGCUUGACCAACGAUGGAUGCUCGUUACACUAUAGAACUUUAGGACGUGCAUCCAGCGAUCAAGAUUCAACGACUUCAACCCUGCACUCUUGUCUUGAGUUGCUUGACCAGCACUGUGACAGGCUUAACAAUACUUACAAGGAAAUUCUCGAGAUUCGCACCCACAUUGCAGAGAUUCUUGCUAGCUCCCAGUCGGAAGUAGCCAUAGGGAAUGUGGGUGCAUGGGACAGCAGCGUUGACCAAUCAUCGGCACAGUACGCAUCUCUUUCGCAACCAUCUGUCGGGGUCAUUAGUACCCUGACAGGUUCUCCCAUUCACCAAUUUUCUCAAGAACCAUCACUUCCCGUUGCCUCCGGUUCUGUCAGCUAUGAGCUUGGUACACAGUCAUCCUUACCUGAAGAUGACACGUGCUCUGAGGAACAGACGUUAUCUGGCCCUUUAGUCAGACGCCACCAACGACUGUAUCUGCCAGUUGUACAGGAUGGCGAGGAUAAGGUGAAAUGCAUGUGGUCAGGGUGUUCAAGUGUUAUCAAGAAAGAUAGCUACACUCGCCAUGUGAACGAGGUUCAUAAACGUCGGUUUAAGGCUGUCUGCACUACCUGUAGAAAGGAGUUCCUGCGUCCAUAUAUGAAGAAGACUCAUAUCUGUCCUCGUCGAUUUUCCAAACGUAGCAGUUCCUAGAGCAAGGAAGCUCCCCGCAAGGCGUCACAUUUAUU